UUUUUCGCUUUGUCAAACUUAUGUAAUUCGAAUAAACCCCAGAUAAUCAUCACGCUACGCCACGCCCAAAAAUUGAUUUUUCAUUAAUCAGCCCUGCAAAACUAAAAGAAGUACGAAAGACAGGCCAUCAGGUUAUCCAUCUUUCGCCGCCUUCAUAUCGAUCAACACCCUAAGUUAGAAAGUAUUACCAUGCCUGCUGCCUAACCUUGUUAUUUGAUCAUGCGUGUCAUAGAAGACAGCAAUCUUAUCUGCGGUCACAUUCGAGGUUAGAGUCCAAAUUGUUGUAUCGCUCAACAACAUAUCGUUCUACCAACGCUGAGGCUUAUGCGGUUUCUGGAAUAACUAAGUUUUAAAGUUGCAGUCGCACACGUGCUUGGGAGUUCUAUUAGUGAAAUAUUACCGCUGAAUUAUUGUUUUUGGAAUAGCAUUAUAGUGGGUUUGACAGUCACCCAAGGCAUACAUUCGAGGUUAGAGUCCAAAUUGUUGUAUCGUCCAACAAAUAUCGUUCUACCAACGUUGAUGCUUAUUCGGUUUCUGGAAUAACUAUGUUUUCAAGUUGCAAUCGCACGCGUGCUUGGGAGUUCUAUUAGUAGAAUAUUACCGCUGAUUUUUUGUUUUUGGAAUAACAUUAUAGUGGGUUUAACAGUAACACCCAAGGGAUUGUUCGUUGUCUGUGCGGUUUGGCUCAGUUCGAAUUGGGUAAUCUUUGCUUUUGAUACAUUUUCCAUGUGGAGAAUAUUUUUAUGAGCUUGUCAUUGGGAAAUCAAUUAUUGUAACGGUAGAAUGAUCAGAAUAGGAGUUUUUUUGCAGGAGUUAUCGUUGUUAUCUGAACCAGACUUGCGGUUAUCUUCUGAGGAAUUAGUAUUGAAUAAAUAAUACAUAAUCUUGCCAGUAGGGCUAUUUUUCCUGUGGUGAUUAUUGUCAGUCUGAAAGAUCAUAAUUAUGCUCUAUCAAGGGCUAGUUUUCUCAUAGUGAAAAAUUCAAUUACGCUUUAUAGAUAAGUUGCAAUCUAUAUAAUAAGGAAGAUGGCAUUCAACAUAUCUGACGCAAUUGACGACAUUCUUUUGGAGAGUGUGGGCAGUACAUCAGAUGGAACAGAAGGAGCGGACAAUAUGAUAAUUACUCAGAACGCAGCUGACUCUUACCAUAUUGAUGGCACCAAUGGGGGAUACGAGACGCCUAUCAUACCGAACUUCUCAACGCCUCUUGGAAGUGCCGCAGGUUCUACCAGUAGUAUGCCUGGGGAUGUUCCCGAUGGUAUAGGGUCUUCAAACGAUUCGCAACGGGCUCACCUUCAGCAAAAAAUCUUGAAAAUAAGUGAACAAAUCAAAAUAGAACAACAAUCGAGAGACGAAAAUGUUGCUGAAUAUUUGAAGCUAGCUAAAGACGCUGACAAACAACAAGCUGCUAGAAUUAAAAGCGUUUUUGAAAAAAAGAAUCAGAAGUCGAAAGCAAUCGUUAUGCAACUGCAAAAGAAACUUGAAACAUAUCAUCGAAGAUUACGGGAGAUUGAAAACGUUGGACCGAAGAGUGGAAAAUAUGGUCUGAAAGAAGUCGGCGCUAAGUUAACUGAUUUCUCUGGUGGUGUUGUGGAUAGCGUCAAACAAAGUGCUGCUGGUAUCGUUUCACGGCCUCGUGGUAUAGCAACAAAGCUGAUCAAUAAAAAAUUCGGAAGUUCUGACAAUAUAGCGACAUUAAAAGAAGAAGAUGCAAUAUCAGAAGGUCUUGAAAGAAGCAACAGCUUCGGAGACAUCAGCGUCUCGACCUCUGGUUCCGGAGAAUUAUCUGAAAUUCAUCAAACGAAUCACGCGAAUCAAUCUUUAGCCAAUAACCAACAAUCACCUGUACAGAUUCAUUUACAUCCACAAGUUCUAGCGAUGAAAUCGCAACUGUCUACAAUUGAAUCACAUUUGAAACGACUAAUCGAAUUAGAAGCGCAACACGAAAGAGUGAAAACAGAAAUCGUUGAUUUAUCAUCACAAGUGAAAAGAGAUAUCGGUAUUCUCACUAGUACUAUUGAAGAGGGAUCAUACAGAUGUACGAGGAUAGAGGAUCAAUUGCAUGAUUUAUCAGAAAUGCAUCACAGAGAGAUGGGCGAUAUCAAACAAGAUUUGUCGAGUUUAGAAGAAAAAUUAGAAUAUCACGCUCAGGAGAGAGCGAGAGAUAUACAGGAAGCGUUGGAAAGUUGCCAAACUCGAAUUUCUAAAAUGGAAGUUCAACAACAACAUCAACACCAACAACUUGUAACAAUGGAAGGUGUUGAAAACGCUACUGCUCGUGCUUUACUUGGAAAACUUAUAAAUUUAUUAUUAUCGGUGCUCGCUGUCAUACUCGUUUUUGUAUCCACUGUAUCAAGCAUUGUUAUGCCUUUUGUUCGAAGUCAGACACGCAUCGUUAUCACUGGUUUAUGCGUUCUAAUAUUUGCGGUGCUAUACAGGAACUGGGAUCCAUGGACUACCUAUAUAACAGGCUUAUGGUCAGGAAGGUGACGUUAUUCUACCACACUUGAAAGCUAUAAGGGCGUCGUCGUUGAGAUGAACCAAAUAAUAAUAGUACAAAAUAGAUAUGAGAUGCUGCCUUCACUGUAAACAUGCCUGAAUGACAGCUCACCGAAUUCUGAAUAUGAAAGAAAUAUUGGAUAUAAAAUGGAAGAAGAAUAUAUAUAAGAACAUGAACCUUGGCACUGCCCCGAUUUUAAUCAUUUGAAAUAGAGCGUUCUGAAUAUCAUUGCACUAAAACGUCAACCAUUAUAAAAAAGCACUUAAACAAACAGAGUACUUAUAUAUAUAUAUUAAAAUAACAUUGCCUUCGGUACAUCUAUUAUAUAAUUUGCUUGUAUGAGCAACCGUUUGUAUAUACCAAUUCAGUAUGGUUAUAAGAUCCGGAAGAGCUUUCCUCAUUUAUAUGCUGAUUUUUGAUGAUUCUGUUGUUACUUGGCGACCUGAGGUAAUUGUUCUAUUGAUAGAAGUUUGUUUCAGUUACAUUUUCGCAGAGAGAAACGGACAAGCACUGUGAUGUGAUAAUCUUGUACAAUAUUCACUGUCAUUGAGUUAUUAUUCGAUUGUUCUAUAUAUCGACGUCAACUUCACAGUUCCAGGUCCAUUUUUCAACCUGCCCAAAAUGAAGGCACUUGCUAGUCUGCCAUAUUGAUGCAUGCAGUUUUUUUUACUCAUUUGUUCAGCCACGCAUUGUGAUUGUCACCGUUCAUCGCAUUAACAGGGAAUGAGAGUAAGAUUGUAGAUGCAAAAGAUCCCCAAGGCCAGUUUAUUUCAAUACAAACUGUUAUGAAUUUACCUAUUCCUGCGAUUAUUUGUAAUUAGAUAUAUUUGUGAAUAAUGAAUCAAACGCUAUUCUCCUGUCAUUCAUCAGUAGUAUCAUACUUUGCUUUAUUAGCUCUAUACGCAGUUUUAAAUAAACUCGCUUGGUGUAAGUUUUUUUCUAUUUUACGUGGCCGACAAGAUUCCUGCUACAUCUGUCUAAUUUUGAAAUCUUUAUUGUUUCUGAUUUUUCCUGACGCUGCUUUCUGACUAUUUUUUCUACCUUUCAAUAUUUUAAAAUAUAGCUUAUAACCUAUUAUUCUCAUUCAAAAAGCGCUAGUCGUUAACAUAACUUCUUAUGCUUCUAUUUUGUAGAUGCUCUUGCUUAUGAACGGUAUAAUAGUGAAAUUUAUUUUGUAUUUUGCACCAAAUAGCAAUGUUCUUCAUCGGAAGCUUUUGCAAGGCAAUCGAAAAAAUAUAAAAAACAACAAGUUUGUUUUUACUUCUAGUUGUACGUCCGGUUUUAUAGAUCACCUGGGCGAUGAUAUUUUUGAGCUUGCUUGAUUUGCUUUCUGUGCGUUGUAUUUGCUUCAAUGCUUCAAUGUCUAUGCUUCAAAACGCCAAAAAAUGAUCUCGGCGAUUUUUUUGUACAAACAUGACUAGCAGAAGGCAACAAAACACUAAUUGCGGUGUAUCGCGCGAUGAAUUCCUAUCGUAGGGUCUAUGGACAUUUUCUCGACCCUUGACCCCCCGGAAGAUUCUCCCUAUUCUUUAUCAUUGCAAACUUUUCAAUGCUGAUUUUGAGAGUGUUUUGGAGAGUUGGCGCUUACAAACUGACUCGCAUGUUCGAAGCUAUCAUUUUUAUUCAAAACAAUAAACCACGUGCUGCUUGCAGGUACUGAUA